AUGGCAGCCAAACAUCAUCCUGAUCUUAUCUUCUGUCGAAAACAACCCGGCAUUGCCAUUGGCCGCUUAUGCGACAAGUGCGAUGGUCGAUGUGUCAUUUGCGAUAGUUACGUACGACCUGCUACCCUAGUACGCAUUUGCGAUGAGUGCAACUUUGGCUCGUUCCAAGGACGUUGUGUUGUUUGUGGUGGACCCGGUGUCGCUGAUGCUUAUUAUUGCGUGGGAUGCACUCGUUUGGAGAAGGAUCGAGAAGGCUGUCCAAAGAUUAUCAACCUCGGCACAUCGAAAACAGACUUGUUUUAUGAACGCAAAAAGUUUGGAUUCAAGAAACGGUAG